CCAGCAACAAGCGGGGCCGCAGCCCGUGCGUGCCGGCCGGGGAGCGCGACGUCGCGUGUCCGUCGUGCGUGGCUCCGUUGUGCUCGUUGUUGUGGUUGCGCUGCGCAGUGCUAGCGGCGCCCUGCUUACGGAUACAAGGGAGCCCGGCGAGCCGAGCCCCGAGGGAUACUGCCGGCGCCGCCGACUCGGAGACUCGGAGGCCGCGGCGCGCAGUGCGCAGCACCUCAGACAGCGCAGUAAUUACUUUGGCGCGAUUUCCAAUCAAGGAGCCGAGGCGGGUAGACGGGUCGACGGGUCCAGGGAUGUGACUGGGAUGUGACUCCAAGCACCACCAACAUGUCCUGAGAGGUCCUCCAAGAUGGCACUGGGCCUCGUCGCACUCCUCAAUGUGUGCCUCCUCCUGUUGCUGUCAUCCGGUGCCACGAGCCUGCGCAUGCUGCAGGUCAACAUCCCGGCCGUGGUGCUGCGGGGCGAGAAGGCCUCGCUGAUGUGCGACUUCGACCUAGGCAGCGACCGCCUCUACUCCAUGACGUGGUACAAGGACCACGACGAGAUCUACCGCUUUGUGCCGCGCGCCGCCAACAACCCAAAGCACUCCUACCUUGUGGACGGCGUGCACGUGGACGAACGGAGCUCGGACGAGCGCACUGUGGUGCUGCGCAGCGUGACUCUCAGGUCGUCGGGCAACUACCGCUGCGAAGUGUCGGCGGAGGCACCCUCCUUCCAGACCGUGCAUGGCGAGGGCCGUCUCGAGGUGGUCGCGCUGCCACAGCGAGGCCCCGAGAUAUCGAGACUGGACCGUGCGGAAUACCAGAUGGGGGACACGCUCAGUGUCAACUGCACUUCGGACCGCAGCUUCCCACCGGCAAAACUCCGCUGGUAUAUCAACGACAGACAGGUUGACCCCACGCUGGAGGCCCAGAUGUCGGCCCACGGCCUGGUGCGGACACACGCCCGCCUCGUGGUGCAGGUCGGCCCCCAGCACUUCCAGGACGGAAACAUGGCGCUGCGCUGCGUCGCCACCAUCCGGCCGUCAGAGCAGCCAAAAGAACCCGCUCAGGCCGCCCCUGCUCAGGCCGCCCCCGAGCGCACGAACCCCACGGCCGCGUCCUUGCCCACCAAGCACAGCCACCACCAGCCACUGCCGCGGAUAGCCAUGGAGAUCGACAACCGGGAAGCGCGGCUCCUGGACAUUCCUUUCACGUUAAAAGCUUACACGUAUUCUCUACAAACUAAACUGCUUGGAGCUUCCUUGGUGUUUGGUCAAGUUGAGACGGACGGUGAUUAG